UUGAUUUUUGUUUUGAUUAGUCAAGAGAAGCCUCCCAGGGCCGAGCAAGGUGCCCUUAAAUCAUUACUAAAUAACCCUAAAUUCAAUUAAACUAAUCCUUCUCCAUUAAGUUUAAUGAAUCGUUUUAACUAGAACAUUCUCCGUUAAAAUGGCAACACAGGAACACAAGGAACAAACGAGCGAUAACACGAACAUUAGGGAAGAUCUGGUGGACACGGCCGUAAAGUUCCUUAGGAACCCCAAAGUGGUCCACAGCCCCUUGGGGCAAAAACAGACUUUUUUACAGCGACGAGGUUUGACCGAGGAGGAAAUUCGGGUGGCAUGCGAACGGUCUGGGGCGUAUGAACAGCAUGAGAAGCCCUCGCACCCUCCACCCUUAAGUAGUAACAUGCUGAUGUCUUAUGGUGGGGGGCACAUCAGUUUAUUUAGCCGAAUCAGGGAUGUUGUGCAUAGCAUCGCGGUGUUUAGUGUGGUCGCUUAUGUGAUAAAGAAGUUUUAUGAGAGGUAUAUCGCCCCCUUUUUGUUUGGCACCAGGAAAAAGAGUGUUGAAGACAAACUAGAGGAUUUAGAAAAUAAUAUAAACAGUUUUAAGUCGGAUAUUCAGACUAGUGUGUCAGAAGUAAAGUCUGAGGUGGAUAAAAUAGGGUUUAGCUCGGAAAAUGAGCUGAUUUCCGAGCUGAAGGAGCUCAGAUCAGAGGUGGCUACGGUUAAGGGUCUGUUGCUAACUAGGAAACAGUUUCCAGCUGUGUCGCACUCCUCGAUACCCUCCUGGCAAAUGGCCAAUAACGAGGAGGAGAGUGAGGAAAACAAGGAGGACCUAAUGGAAAUCGGUUCGGGAUCAGGAAGCUCCGAGCCGGAGCACGGAAUGAAAACAAGCGAAUCCAGUUUGGAAAUUAUUAACCACGAGGACUUAAACUAGGGCCCCGUUGCACCUAAAUUAUAUAAAAUAUUCGGCCAAAGACUGCGACACAGAGUCAUGCCACAGCGGCAGCAAGAAGAACAGCAGAGAGGAGGAGGAGGACGAGGAGAUUGUUAGUGAGGGUUGACAAUUGUUUUUUAAUUGUUUAAUAUAGUCCUUUUAUGUUUGUUUUGAA